AGUCUUGUAAUGUUUGACACCCUUUUCACUGAUUUGUUUUGAUUUUGUGAUAAAUUUUAGAAAGAAAACUUCUAUUUUGUAAAAAAAUGUCAUGCUGUGCGUGUUCAGAAACGCCUUCGAGAAUAACCAACUUAUUUAAGGAUGAUAAUUUGCUUUCCAAAUUUAUAGAAUUGACAGGAAUUUACAUAAACUGCAACACUUUCAUUUGUGAUCCUUGUGUUGAUAAACUUCUAUCUUACUACAUUUUCAAAGAAAAAUGCUUAGAAAUUUACGAGCGAACCAAUGGAACUGAAAUCUUUAGUUCAAGUAUCGGUGAGGACAUAAUCAUUUAUGACAACGAUGAGGAAGAAUACAUUGACUUCAAUCUCUCGACUAAAAACAAAACCACAAAUAACGAGUAUGACAAUGAAAGAGAAAGUAUCAAUUCAAUUGAAGAGAAACCAGAAGACGACUUAAUUUUCAAAUGUCCAUCAAAACGAAAAAAUUAUUCUAAAGAAUUUAGAGAAGAAGUUAUUAGCCGAGCAAAUGAAACAAGCAAUCGUCAGGCAGCAAGAGAAUAUGCAGUCGAUGAAUCAAACAUUAGAAAGUGGAUAAAGCAGGAUGGAUGCAAUUCAAAUAUCAAAUAUGAUUUAAAUCAUUCCAAUGAAAUUGAACAUCUCGAGGAAACUCAUUUGACCGAAUAUGAUGUAACAGCUGACAACGAAGAGAGUGAAAGAUUUGAAACAUCAUCACGACACAUUAAAAAUCGCAAAUCGUACUCAUCAAAACAAAAACUUGAAGCUGUUAGUUAUGCUGAGAAAUUAGGAAAUCGAAAAGCAUCGAAGCUUUUCCAUAUCGACGAAUCUUGCAUUCGUAAAUGGCGUAAAACAAAAGAUCUCUUGAUAAAAAUCAACAACGAACGUGGAACAAAGCGAAAACCAAAUCUUCAUUGGCCAGAGUUAGAUGCUGAAUUAAAAGCUUGGGCGAUAAGUGAAAUAAAUUUAGGAAAUCGAAUCAAACCAGCUCAUCUCAAAGCAAAAUCUAUUGAACUUGCUAAAGCCUUCAAUUUUCAUGAUUUCAAAGGGACUUCUAGUUUUAUCUUCAAAUUCAUGAAACGCUAUAAUCUUCCCAGUCGUGAAAUUAAACAAUCAAUAAGUAGUAAAAAAUUAAUAAUCCAAAGAUUGAAAACACCUUGAAAACUUUAUGAAAAUUAAAUAAAAAUUUAAAAUGCUAAUUAAUGAACAUUGUUUAAAUCUCGAAAAAAAUAAAUUAAAAACUUUUAUCUCGUCUUUGUUACCCAG